AUGGGUAAGCGUAAGUCGUCCACGAGAAAACCGGCGAAGAAGAUAAAACAAACAUUAGAUACGCAAUUUACUUGUUUAUUUUGUAAUCAUGAAAAAUCAGUAAUAUGUACUAUGGACAAGAAGAAUCUUCUUGGUGAGUUACAUUGUAAGAUAUGUGGUCAGAAUUUCCAGACUGCUAUACAUAGUUUAUCACAGGCUGUUGACAUUUAUAGUGAUUGGAUCGAUGCGUGUGAGGAUUUGGCAGAAGAUGCCGAGGGAAAUAACGGUGAAGAGCAAAGAGAAGGUGAAAUUUAUUCUGAUGAUGACGAGGUUGGUGAUGCAGAGAGGAGAAGGGGGCGUAGUGGAGAAGGUAGUGGUGGUGGAGCGGGAAGAGAUAUGAUCGACUCUGAAGAUGAAUACUAA